AUGCUUCGAUUAAGUGAAGCAACAGUGAUGCCGGAAAUUCUUGAUGGUGAAGUACCGCUUCGUUUUGCUGUAGUGAUUUUAGGACCAGGUCAACCGGAUAUUAGUUAUCAUGAAGUGGGACGUUCCAUUGCAACAUUGAUGACAAAUACGGAAUUUAAUGCUAUUGCAUAUGAGGCAAAUGUUCGUGAAGAGCUUAUCUGUGGUGUGGAUAAUUUUUUGGAUGAUUCUGUUGUUAUUCCACCCGGUGAAAUUGAUAACAAACGUUUAUUGUCUGGUGACGAAAUUCGAAAAGCAUUGAAAAAACGACAAAAUCGACGAAAAGUUAUAGAAGAAGAAAGUUCUUCACCACCAAAAAGUGAGCAAAAAAAUGACAUUAAUUUUAAAAGACACUUCGAAAAAAAGGAAAAAUGUCGAUUUUUUAAUGGGAUGAUUAAUGAUUUUGAAAAACGAUUUCCUUAUUAUUGGUCUGAUUAUCGUGAUGCGCUCAAUUUUCAAUGCCUUACAAGUGUCGUAUUUAUGUUUUGUGCCAGUUUUGCACCCGCAAUUACAUUUGGUGGUUUAUUAGGUAAAUAUACGAAUGAAAAAAUUGGAAUACUUGAAACUUUGAUGGCACAAUGCAUUUGCGGUGUACUUUGGGGAAUAUUUGCUGUUCAACCGCUUAUGAUUAUGAGUGCAACAGGACCAGUUCUUGUUUUUGAAGUUAGUCUAUAUGCGUUCUGUACUAAUCUAAACAUUGAUUUCCUAACGGUUCGACUUUAUGCUGGCUUAUGGGUGUUAGUGAUUUCAAUUAUUACUGUCGCAGUUGAUGGAUCCAGAAUGUUACGUUAUGUGACACGUUUCACUGAAGAUAUCUUUGCUUCAUUAAUUUCAGUGAUAUUUAUUGCGGAAAGUUUACGAUUUCUUUAUCAGACAUUCAUUCAUAAUCCAGUUGCGAAUUUCGAAUUUUAUCGACAUAUUCGUCAAAAAUGCGAACUAAAUGCUUUCAAUGGAGAAAGAAACGAUUCACAAAUGUUAUCAAUUUGUAAUGGUGAACCGAAUACAGCUUUAUUAACCACUUUUAUUAUGAUCUCUACUUUUGCAUUAGCAUAUGGUUUAAGACUACUACGACAAAGUUACUAUCUGGGAAGAACGCUUCGACGUGCACUUGGUGAUUUUGGUGUGCUAAUUGCAAUUGCAGUAGUUGCAAGUGUUGUACAUCUGUUAGUUCCAGAUCCUUAUUUACAGCGUUUGGAAGUACCAGAUCAUUUUAGCUUCACUAAUAUUGAAGCACGACAGCAUGGCUUAUUUGUUUCUGCAUAUUUACCAUUGAAUCAAUUAUGGGUAAUUAUAGUUGCAAUUGUUGCAGCACUGCUUGUUUUCAUACUUUUAUUUGUUGAAACUGAAAUUACUGAAUUGUUACUAUCUCGUAAAGAUCGUUGCUUAGUGAAAGGAAGUGGUUUGCAUUGGGAUUUAUUGCUAAUGGGUGCAUGCACAUUGCUUUGCAGUAUUUUUGGUUUACCAUGGAUGUGUGCUGCUGCAGUACAAUCAUUAGCACAUUGUAGUUCACUUUCAGUUCCAAAAAAAACUGCACCUGGUGAACGACGUGGAGUGGAUUAUGUUCUGGAACAACGUGUUACAACAAUUGGUGUAUCAUUGUUAAUGGGAUUAUUUGCUUUUGGUGGUUCAUAUCUACGACUUCCAUUGGCAUCUUUAUUUGGUGUUUUCUUAUAUUUAGGUGUUAUGAAUCUUACAGGUGUACAAUUUAUUCAACGAAUUAUUCUUUUCUUCAUACCGGGAAAGUAUUUUCCUGACACACCGUAUACUGAAUCGGUAGAUAUUCGUCGAAUGCACUUAUACACAGCUAUACAAAUAAUAUGUUUAAUUAUUAUUUAUGCUGUGAAAUACUUUAAACGAACUGCUCUUGCUUUUCCAUUCAUUUUGAUGCUUUUUAUUCUAUUGAGACAAUUUUUUCUUAAAAAAAUUUUCACUGAAAAAGAACUUAAAGCGUUGGAUGGUGAUGAUGAAACAAAUAACGAAAAUGGUUGGCUAGAGAAAGAUUUUUUCGAAGAUGCACCAUUACCUGUAUAA